CUUUGAGCUCUGUGGCAGAGAGCUCAGAGAAUCUGGGAUCUGGCUGGUUAGCAGGGCUCUCAAGGCAGCAUCACAAGACAACAGACCUCCCAGCUGGCUGGGGAGCCAAGGAAAAUGUCUCCAGCCAGGGGACAGGGUGCUAGGAAUCAGGGCUACAGCCCCAUCUUCAGUUCAUGGAGUGCAGGAGUUUUCCAGGUGGAUCUGCAGGAAAGACUUGGCCGCCUCUGCCACGGGAGCGAGCGCUCAGCCAUCGCUGGGCGGGACGGGAAGCGCAGCCCGGAGUGGGUUCCAGGCAGGACUGCCACGGCUGGGGCAGGGUUUACCUUCCACCAAACUCCUCCUUCCACGGCGGCAGAGCUUCGCUGCCGGCUGUUCCUGCCUCUCUCCUGAGGGGCUCCCUCGCAGCCCAAGAUCUCCCCUGGCUUUGGUGCCCAGCAGCACGUUCUCCCAAAAUGAUGGAGAAUAAAGUGUUCCUGUCAUUCACGUUCUACAGCACAAUUCUGAUUUUAAAAAUGUAUGUCGUUGCCAUCAUUACGGGGCAAGUGAGACUCAGAAAGAAGGCAUUUGCAAACCCAGAGGACGCCCUGCGCAACGGGGGGCUGCAGUUCUGCCGCGAGGACCCUGACGUGGAGCGGUGCCGCAGGGCCCACCGCAAUGACAUGGAGAACAUCUUCCCCUUCCUCUUCCUCGGAGCCAUCUACUCCCUGCUGGAUCCCAGUCCCACCGUGGCCAGGAUCCACUUCCUCAUCUUCUGCGUGGGACGGAUCAUCCACACCAUUGCCUACCUCCUGCAGCUGAGGGCACCCACACGCUCCGUGGCCUACAGCGUGGCCCAGCUGCCCUGCUUCUCCAUGGCCCUGCAGAUCCUGCUGGCCACCAGCCCCUACUGGUAACAGCCAGAGAGACCCACCACCCAAACCCCUCAUCCUGACUCUGCUGGGCCCCCUGAGAGGGUGUGUGUGUGUGUGUGUGUGUGUGUGUGUGUGCGUGAGAUGUCACCAGGGAGGUCACCUGCACCCUGAGGAUGUUCAGUGCAGCCUUGAUGAAAUUCCACCGCCAUCGGAAUUUGUCAGAGGAGUCACCAGAGAGAAGGGACGUGCAGGAAGGGGAUGUGGAGGCAGGUUUCUCUCUCUCCUGCUGAGGGUGAGAGGUGGAAAGCACAUGGACUACCCCUUGAAGAAGGGGUCAUUGAGGGAAAGGUUUUCUGUGUUUGGAACUGUGACUGAGACCUUUUCCUCCUGGUCAUGAAUAUCCCAUGGAUCAGGCAGGGAAAAUCGUGAGGGUCCCACAAAGUCUCUUAGCAGAUGUGGUUGGUAGCAGAGGUUAUAAAGCAGCCACCCUGCUCCUGCCCAGCCAUGUGCAUCUCUGGGAAUGUGAGUCCCUUAGGAUUUAGUCCCUUAGGUUCCCACUCCACCAAGGAGGACGGGAGGCAGGUGCCUUCCAGGCAGCCUGACAGCGGAGUCCAAAUCUCAGGGGCGAAGCCAUUCAGUGCUCCCCGUGCCACCUCGUCUCACACCACAGCACACAGCUCCCUGCAGCAGGACUCUGGAGCUCCUGGCAGCUCCCAGCCAGCAGCAGCUGAGGCUUUUCCAUCUCAGCCUCACCACAGCAAGAUGCAGAGUGACAUGCCUGGAGAAGCCAGCAGGAAUCCUUUACCCUGGACACGCAGCCUGAACGCAUUUGCCGGACACAAAGUUCUGGGACUUCUGGAAUGUCUGAAAUACUGGCACAAAAUGGGGUUUGCAGACAGGGUUUUCUCCCAAAGGGUAGUCUAGUCCACAUGCCAUUAAUACCUGAAAAUGCCCCCAGGGCAUCAGACUGAGUUUCUCCCCCUCUGUUUGUAGCCUUUCUCUGGCCCGUUGCUAUUUGGGAAAUGUGCUGUGAUUGCCUUAGGGAAGUUUUCUUUCAGCUGUUUCCUGCUGUCCACUGCUGCCACGCCAUUCACAGCCCGGACCAGCUGGUGUUUGCAGAAAGCUCUGGAAAUGAGCAGAGGGGCUUUGAAGGGAGCAUUGCUGCUCUGCAGUGUCACCCAAAGGUGUGGUGCUGGGGAGGAGAGCUGGGAGCAGGGUACUGCCUGGUGACAAGGGCCCAUCAGCUGCUCUGCCACACAGCUGUCCCCAGUGCCAGGGCUGCUCCCAGCAGCAGCAGCAGUGGAGCAUCCUCUGGAGGAGAAGGCAGGAGAAACCUCUGCUCUUCAGUGCCUCCUCCCUCUGAGGGCAGCACAGAAUUUGAAUAGCAGCACAGGGGCAAGCCAGAAUGAGCAGAAAAUAAAUUCCCCUUCCACCUGUCCUGUGCACUAAGGCUGCUCCCUUGACUCUGCUCUCCUCAGGGAUGCUCUUGCUGAGCCCCCACUGAGCACUGGGGACACACCUGCUCAGACUGAUGUCCAGCCUUUUCUCAGCUCAGGUAGAAGUUUCUGUGCCAGUAACUCCAUCCCAGUGCAGUUGUGGCCUCAGGCUGAGCUGUGUGGUGGAGUUUGGAGUGGAAUUCUUUGCUCUCCCACUGCGAGGAAGGUGGGCAGGAUUGCAGGUUCAGCAUUUCACUCUUGGCCACUUCCCACAGAUGUCUGGGUAACACAGACCCCUCUUAACAAAUCUUUUCUGCCUCACAUGGUGCACAAGGUCUUGCACUCCUGUAUGUUUCUCUGCUGCUGCACAUGCAUCCUGGUGGCAGGAAGCAAAUAUUCCCAAUAAAAACAAAUCAUUGUGCUCUGAUAUAUCCUUCCUUUGGGAGCAGCAGAUGCAGCUGGGCAGCAGCUGGGCCCAGCCCCAGCAGGAUGGGUCCUCAGCAGGAUGUUAAACCCCACUGUAGAGCCUGGAGUGUCCUGGGACUUCUAAAGAGACAUCCCUUUCCUCUGCACUCACCUACCCUGCAGAGGAACCUCUUUUCCAGGUGUGCAUUAUUUGUGCUGAUCCUUUAAAUCCAGCAGAGCUGGGAAUUAUAAGCAGUUCUGCUCACUUUCCCUUCCCUGAGUAGCAAGUUGUUACAAAGCUUGGUGUUCACCCAAAAAUCCUGGAGGGUUGGAGAAACUCAGGUAAGAGCUGGUUGCUCUUCUUUCUGUUCUUAGGACUCAUAAAGGAGCUGCUUGUGUUUUCCAAGAUAAGUAAACCACCCCCCCCCCUUUUUUUUUUUUUUUUCCACUAGGUUGCUGGGAAACAAAUGCUUCAUUUCUCUGGUUUUCCCCUAUUUUCUUAAGUUGUUGGUGGUUGGGAGGUGCUGCCCUGUCUGUGUUAGUUUCAGAAAAUGGCUCCACUUGGUUGUUUUCUUUCCCUGUUUGUUUUCAAAUGAGAAAGGCAGUGGUUUUAUAAAAUGGACUCUCUCCAGUACAUGUUGCUGAGGUUGGAGAUGUGGCUGGGAUGGAGAUUUUGGCAUAGGAAGGAAGAAGGGAGGCUCCAGAACCCCAUUCCAACCCCCAGAUCUGCCAGCUGCUUCAGCCUCUUCUCAGCUGCCUGUCCAGUGCCUGAGGCUGAUGCCCUGCUCAGGAAAGCUGAGGUUACAUGCAAAGUUCUGCUUUCUCCCUUUUUAUUAAAAAAAAAAAACAAAAAAACAAAAAAAAAAAAACAAACUCUGCUUACUGGCUGCAGGGAAAAGCUUGGGAAUGUGAACUCUCCUGGCUCAAAAAAAAAACAAACACAAAAAGCCUGCAAGGCAAACUUAAGAGAGGCCCAGGAAUUGCACUUAUUUUGAAGUGUUGUGGAAGUUUGGGGGAAGCAAAACUAAGCUGGGCUCGGUUGCUUGGGCAGCACCAGUCCCAUCAGGGCUCUCCUGGGACCAGGUGAUCAGAGCCACUGGCUCUUCCCUGGACACUGCCAGUGGUUGCUGCAUGUGAGAGGCAUUCCUGCCUUUUCCCAACUGAUAUCUAUAGCCCAGAGCUCCCAAAUUCCUGCUCUGGCAUCAAUGUAGGCAAAGGACGUGCCCAGUGUCUCCUGCUGCUCCAGGAGAGCAAGGACAGUGGUUGCACCCACCAGUCUGUCUCUGGGGUUUGGUGUGUGCCUUGUAUGUCCAACAACUUGUUCUUCACACCUGGCUCAAACAGGAGACAGCAACGCUGUGAAACCCACCUGGGACUGCAGAACAACAAUCUGGUGCUUAAGUGGGUACAAAUUUCAGUUAGACUUUAGGAAGAAUUCUUUUCCUGUGAGGGUGGUGGGACACUGGUACAGGCUGCCCACAGAGGCUGUGGAUGCCCCAGCCCUGGCAGAGUUCAAAGCCAGGUUGUUUGAGCAACUUUGGUCUAAUUCAAGCUGUCCCUGCCUACGGCAGGGUGGGAUGUGAGUAGGUGACCUUUAAGGUCCAUUCCGCCCCGUUCUGUGGUUAAAUGUGUGAAUGUGACUCACAUCACCAGUACGUGUCUUCCCUCACGGUGUUGGGAGAAAAGCAAGUGGAGACCCGGCACAAGGCGCUUUCCCUCCCACACUCUUCGGGUGCUUCAAGCCCCAGGAUCCACCCAGCCCUGCUCACGGACACAUCUCUUGUGCUCACGCCUCUUCCUCACCUGCCUGCCCCGCUCCCGGGUCUCUCUUCAUCCAGAGCAUUCCCUGGUGGGAUCUGGACCAAGAUUCCUUCUUGGAAAGCUUACCUUUAACACAGAUCGCUCUUCCUUUGCUGCCCGCCCAACAUCCCCAUUCCCUCUAGCAGAUGGGACUUUGAUCCACAAUUCCCCUUGAGGAAUUGAGAUUCCUGUGACUUGCAGACGGAGCCGGCUCUACAGCCAUGGGCAUUUCGAAGGGGAGAAGACAACGGCGCUUCCCUGCUGCUCUCUGGCACACCAGGAUGAAGUUGGCACCGGGAAAACUCUUUCCAGCGGGGGUUUUCUAGCCCGAUGUGGGGCUGAGCUGUGAGACAUCCCCGGCUUGAGCCGUGGGCCGGGGGAUCGGCCCCGGGCUGCGCUGAGCGGGGCUGCAGCACCCUCGUGUGGCUGCGGGACCUGCGGGGACACGGGGACCCUGCCCGGACACCGCACCCGCGCAUCCUGGAGCUGGGGGUGCGCGUGGAGAGUUCGGGGCGCAGGGAAGGUGCCAUUCCUUGGGGAACGGGUUGAGGAGGAGGAGGAUGAUGUCUGCUCCAGCGCCCAUCAGCCUCUCCAAAGCAGGCAAGGUGCGAUGUGAGUUCCGGGGAGAUCCUCCCAUCACUGCGGACUUGCUCUUUGGGAGUCACCUGGUUGAAAACAGAGUGGUUUGAGGAAGGAAACAGUUUGUAAAUAUCCUUGCAAACUUCCCCCGCUUCUGAAGUUGUGGUGUAUGGCUGCAAUGCUGUGCAUCUCCAUGCAAGAGUUCUUCCUUACUCGUGAUAACUCUUCCUGGGCUUUGUGACACCAGCUGCAAGAGGGACCUUUGCUUCCUCCCUUCUUCCCAAGUAACUAUAAAGCAUUACACCCCUGUGCAUAGCUACCCUCCAGCUUCUCUUAGGUUGCUUCCCUGUGGGGUUGGAAAGAAGCAGCAGCGAGCAAAAUAUCUGCUGCAGGGAGGAGAUGCUCCUUCCAUAUGGAGUGUAGAGUUUGGGGUGAGCAUCACGACCCCCAGGACAGGAGCACUGCUCCAAAGGGCAGGAGGGGCUCUGCUGCUGGGAGGUGACACGGUGCUGUCAUAGGAACAUGUUCCUGCAGUUUGUGCAUGCUGCCAGCAGGAUUCAGAGGGUCUUCAGAUCUUCCCGUUGCCACCAGAGGGAGAAGGGCUCAGCAGCACAAGGAUAAAGGAAAAGGAGGAUACUGUCACCACUAUUUGUCUGUAAUUCGUUCUGGACCGGGAUAACCAGGCGGGUGUCCCCGUGAGCUGGAAAAUGUGAGCUCUGUUUUGUCUUGCUGCUGUAGCAGCCGAUGCUGAUGACAACACAAAACUGUUCUCAUUAAAAUAUUCUAAGGGCAAACUUCAACUUUUCAUCAGUCAGCAAGUCACACAUAUGUGUCAGGCUGUGGGGUCAGAAACAAGGAAGGGGGUCCAGAAAGAUCCUUCCAUCACCUGAGACCCACCCUUUUGGAUUCACCUGGUUGAAAACCAACUGCUUUGAGGAAGGAAACAGUUUGCAAAUGUCUUUGCAAUCUUCCCACACUCCCAAAGUCGUAGUGCAUGGAUGGAGACCAGCUGUCCUGCUGAAAUUAGUACUGGUGAUGGAUGUGCCCUUCCAGGGAGGAAAAAUGCCCCCAGUAUCUCCCUCCCCCAUGGAGUGCAGACCCUGCCAGGUGAGCUGCAGCUCUCCACGCUUGUCUGUCCCCUGGUUUGAGAUCCCUCAGAUGUCCACCAGCUCCUGGGAGCUGACUGACCAUGGGUUGAGACCUUCUGCUCUAGUGGAAGAUGAACUGAAGUUGGGACAGUUCAGGCAGGAAAUAAGUGACAUAUUUCCAGCAGCCAACAGUGAUGAGUCACUGGAGGAAUCUGCCCUGGGAUCUGUAAGUUCAUCACUUCCAAGGGUCUCUUGACUCAGGGCUGGAUGCUUUCCAAAGGGAUGCUCUGCACUGGCCACGUGCUGAGGACAUGAGGAUGCUGCUUGGGUGAUAUUCUUUAUGCAGGAGGUUAGACAAUUUGCCUUAAUAAUCUACAAGCCACUUACUGAAUGAAUACAUAAUUGGUUACAAAGCAGCAGCA